AUGGGGAACAAUGCUUUUCUUUUGGUUAACAAUCUUGAGUCUAGACGUGUUGGUUUAGCAGGGGCUGGAGAUUGCAGUUCAUGUUGUGUGGGUGUUAUGCUGGAACUUGCUCGUGGAAUUUCUCAGUGGGCUCAUGGAUUGAAGAAAGCUGUUAUAUUCUUAUUUAAUACUGGCGAGAAGGAGGGUUUUAAUGGUGCUCAUAGCUUCAUAACCCAGGAAAAAAAGAGAGGUGGAGGUGGAGGUGGUGGAGGAGGAGGAAACAUUCAGAAUCAGGGUGGUAACAAAAACAAUGGUGGCAAAAAUGGAGGUGGGGCACCACAGGCUAGAAAUGGUGGAGGUGGAGGAAACAAGAAUGGUGUUCAAGCCAUGAACAAUGGAUAUCAGAACAUGGGUGGUCCCUGA